UUGACGUCGUGGUGAUAGUAUGGUUGAUUUGCGCUGGCUUCCUCCUUGUGUUUUCAUUUAAACUAUAUUCAUAUUGUACACACAAUUCUUAAUCAUAAGGAAUAUUUACCAGUGCAUUAGUGUAACAAAAAGCUAAUGGACUUAUAUUAGCUGCAAUCAUACUGCCGGAAGUCUUGUGCAACUCGUAUCGUGCUCAUUCUUGUGUCCUCUAGCAGUGGUGUUCUAGUCCUGAAAAUUGCCAAUUCUGAUCACAAAUCAGAUCCUCUGUUAUCAUCACAAUGCAUUCGUCCAGCAGAUAAAAGCUUUAUUUCCCCGUUCAAUCAAAUGUGCACACAGCGAAGUUAAUGCUACUACAAAGUGUAACGUAAGAUCUUUCGAUGCAAUUGGUCACUCGCUGCACUCUGCCUGCUGCGCUCAUUCGCUGCCGAGAAUAGUGCACAUCGAGCUGGCUUGAUUGAAAAUCAAUUAUUUGAGCGAAGCAGCACUGAGAAAGUUCUGCCGUAAAACAUCACUGAAGAGCCUUAGCGGCGUACAGACUGGCUGAUACACACCGACUCACCGCGAUGCAAGAUGGCAUCAUCGCUCGGCUUGGAACAUCACACACUAGUCCUAACAGCAGUGGAAACUUUCACAACGGAGGAAGCAAAGCCAAUCAGCUCAACUCGUGCCGUAAUUCGACCCCGCCUGCGUCGGGCUCAUCAUCACCAGCAAGGAAAGCAUCGCCAACGUCCCUCUCUCCUUCACAUCACUUCCACGCGCUGGGCUCCACAGGUCCUAACUGCAACGGCGAGUUCAAACUAUGCGGCUACGAUGGCAACGAAGAAUUCGGCGUGGGAGGCGGAAGUACGACCUCCAGCGGUGGAACAUCGCCGGCGGAUAUAUUUGGAAUAUUGGGAUUCUGGCUGAAACUAAGGCAUGAUCUGACUUCCGUUCCCUGGGAACAGCUGCGCGCGGUCCGGAUGAAGAACGCUCGGGCUGCCCCCGGUUGUGCGUACAUUCCUACAGAGGUUGAACACAUCGCCAAUGUCAUAACGCACGGUGCCUGGGUGCUACCGUCGAUGUAUGCCGGAGUCGCUUUACUUUGGCGUAGCGGUAACGCCGCCCAGCUACUGGCAGCCAUCAUCUACGGACUAGCCUUAACGAUGUUGUUUCUUGUGUCUACCGUCUUCCAUUGCGUGUUCUAUUGCAACAGGAACCGACCGCUGAAGGAUGUGCUACACCGGUGCGACAGGGCUAUGAUUUACAUCUUCAUCGCAGGUUCGUACUACCCGUGGCUCAGUCUCGGGCACACGACCCAUCCGGAGAUAGUUUCUGUAAUUAAAUGGUGCGUCUGGGUAUUGGCAAUUCUAGGAAUUAUCUAUCAGCAGAUUUUUCACGAAAGGUACAAAUGCUUGGAGACAUUUUUCUAUAUAGUCAUUGGGCUGGGCCCGUCGAUGGUGAUAGUUUUCUGGGGUCAUGAAUUUACCGGAAUGGCUGAACUGAAGUUUGGUGGACUGCUAUAUAUAGUUGGAAUUAUCUUCUUCAAAUCUGACGGUAUUUUUCCCUUUGCACAUGCGAUUUGGCAUUUAUUUGUGGUUAUAGCUGCCGCAGUUCACUAUUUCGCUAUACUCACUUAUCUUUAUCCGGUUGAGGAGGUUAGUAACACAUAGAGCCAACGAGUCCAUACUCAUAUAAGGAGCGAAAAGUUACGAGUGAUAGUAUUGUUGAUAACCAAAAAUAUUAACAAUAAGGCAAUUGUAAAUGGAUAGGAAAAUUGUAUCAUUUAUGAUAGUUUAAAAUAUCCUUCCAAAAGAUAUUGUGUUCUCUGUUUCAAGAGAAUUAUCAGUUGUGUUCGGUUAUCUGAGUGAAACUAAAUAUCAAGCUUUUUAUUGAUGUGUUCUUUAAAAUUUGUAUCAUCCAUACUAGCGAAACAGUUCACUACCUACGAUUAGUAGAAUAUUAACCUGUUAUGAAACAGGUCCGUUGCCAAAAAUGACCUCUCUUAAUGUUUACUCAUCUACACAACUCGAAUAUUCUUUUUUUUGUUUUAGGAAACGGAAAUGAAAAGUCAGACAAGAAACGAAGUUAUAUUGUGAUAUAGAUUUUUUCUUUAAGGACUUUAGGUUAUAAAUUAGAUUCAAAAUCAGAAAAGAAAAGGAGAUCGUGUAGGAAUUGAACUCAACCAAAUACACGACAUCAAUGAUCAAUUUAAAGACAAAUAAAUACUCAUAUACAUUGAAAGUGACUAAUAUGUCGCUUGUACGAAUAUAUACGUAGAACAAUGCUCUGAAUAUCUGGCAGAGAUCAUUCCCUAGUUUCCACUUAGUGAGUAAAGAAAACACAGAUAGCAUACAAAAAAUAGUACCACCUAUUUCGAAAUUGAUUGUUUCGACCAAAUGCCUACCACACAGUUCUUAGACUGCACCACGUUGCCCUAGUGGCAAAAUAUAUGUAAUGUUCUCAAGAGAUCAAUGUUAGUGUACCGUCAUGUCAUGUUAGGUAUUGCUCGACGAGUUUCCCAGUUGCCAAAUAGGGUGAAAUCUGGCAGUAUGAAAUAAACUGUGGUUAAUAAGAGGCCCACCUUAAAUGAAAAAAGAACACCGAACGUUUUGCUUAGUGUUUUCUCUUAGCUAAAAUAAAUUGUGGAAUUGAACUACAUACUCUGUUUUGAACAAAAUACCAAAUGAGAAUGACAGAAUAAAGCAAGUUAUAUUUCAA